AUGAGCAAAGUAUUGGGAAUAGGCACAGAUAUUGUGAAGCUGGCCAGGUUUAAAAGUAUAGUGCUUAGAAAUGGGCUUAAAAGCAGACAGACAGAGACUUUUGCGAUGAAGAUACUCCAUCCAGAGCAGGAGUUACCUUUGUUUCAAGAAUGUGUUGCCAAAGAUCAAUUGGAUAGAACAAUAAGGCUUUUAGCUGGCAGUUGGGCCAUGAAAGAAGCUGUAUUCAAGUGUCUGGAUGAUAAAGUACAACAGUCUCAAAAAUUCAAGCAGUGGUACAAAUAUAAUGCCGAUAAUGGGAGACCCAUGGUUGGUGGAUUGUAUGUGCAGAAUAACCCCAAAGAGGAGUUUCUAUUAUCGAUAUCUCAUGAUGAUGAUACAUUGAUAGCUUCAGUACUACGACAGUUGAACAACUGA